AUGGCCUUCACCGGCCAGACCCCGGAAGCCCUCCUGGCACGCUCCGAUUCAAAGAACGCCGCGACGACCUGCAAAGGCAUAACCAAGCUCGGGCGGCCGUGCCGAAACCCACUCGACCUCGAUGCUAUACGGAACGCAACGGGCGAUAAUGGAGUCCUUGCCGUAACGUCGGUAGUUGGGGACAGCGACGAUGAAGAAGAGAUAGGCGCGGCAGCUUUCUUUUGCUGGAGACACAAGGUCCAGGCGGAGCAGUUAGGACUGAAGAGGCAGAACACGCAGAUUUUCAAGCUGCAGAACAGGAGUAGCAUCGAUACACUGGUGGCGAAGCUUGGGGUCUUGGAGGUCAAUGAGGAGGGGAGGACGGAGACGCAGGAGGAAAGGAGGAGGAGAAGGGAGCAAAGGAGGCAGUCUGGCGCGGCAUCGUCGAAACGACCACCUAGGAGAAUCAAUCGACCACCAACAUGGGAUCGGGUACAGGGACCGCUUAUGUCUGUGCCUAGUGACGUCCUGAAUCAGCGACCUCCUGGACGGACCCAACCACAGCAGCAGAAAAAGAAGAAACAAUCAAGCUUCUGGUCUAGCUUGUGUUGCGGGACGGCAGAUGACGAUGACUAUGUUGAAGUCGUCCGGCACAAGAAGAGGACAGACCGGCAGAAUCCGCCGCCAUUGAUAUCCUACAUACCGCAUUCGCUCCCCCCACAAACUGCCGCAGCACUUCUCUCCGAGCUCUCCAAGCCAAUCUCUCCGCACGACGACGAAGGCUACAUCUACAUAUUCUGGCUGACGCCCGAAUCCUCCGGCCCAGCACCAUCCACCACCGCCUCCACUCUCCUCGCACCCCCUACCCGACCAGACCAAGGCCGCCGAACCUCCGACGUCCUCCGCCAAUACAGCGUCCGCAACAGCAACUCCCCAACCCCCCGACCGCGCCGACGCUCCAACGUCACCGCCAACGCCGCAGAAAACACGCCCACCGACGCACAAACUAUCCUUCUAAAGAUCGGCCGCGCCAACAACGUCCACCGCAGAAUGAACGAAUGGACACGCCAAUGCGGCUACGCGCUCUCUCUCGUCCGCUUCUACCCCUACGUCUCGUCGACGCCCUCUCCGUCCCCUCAGGCCUCGCCCUCCGCCUCCCGCCGCACUUCCUACCAGCGCAGCGCCAGCGGCGGCGCCAUCAACAACGGCAACGGCAACCUCCAGCGCCCGCAGCCACCUCACCACGCGUCUUCGUCGUCCUCCGCGCAGCAGGCCGUGCGUAAGGUCCCGCACGCGCACCGCGUAGAGCGACUGAUUCACAUCGAGCUCGGCGCGAAGAGGGUAGUGAAGAAGUGUGAUGCGUGUGGGAAAGAUCACAGGGAGUGGUUUGAGGUCGAGGCAAGUAGGGAGGGGGUUAAGGGCGUGGAUGAGGUGGUUAGGAGGUGGGUUGGUUGGGCGGAGGGGACGGUGGGGAGUUAG